UCACCAGCUGAUGUCAAAGGUUUGGCCUUGGGGAAGUUACACUACCAACAAAAGUAAUCUAAUAAGGCUGUGUCUUCUGAUGCAUGUCCGGGCCAGAAAGAAAGUGGGAGAAAGUGCAGACUGGACUCAAACUGGAGAGGAGACCAGGCGGACCAAGAGAUUGUCUGUAACCCCAAAACCAGAACCAGACACUUCGUCUCCACCUGCACAAAGCAAAAUCAGCUUAGAUGAGCAGGUUAGACCUAACCAUGGAGUGGCUCAUGGUUGCAUUUGUAGCCCUACUUCUGGCCGGCCAAGUCAGCUCUGAAGAAAUUCCAUAUGAGCACCUUAUGUCUCAGAUCCAGGCAUGUCCUAAAGAGUGCCACUGCCCUCCAAGUUUCCCUAAUGCUGUUUAUUGUGACAAUAAAGGUCUGAAACGCAUACCUGUCAUCCCUCCAUACACAUGGUACCUGUACCUCCAGAACAACCUGAUUGAUGUCCUGUCAGCUAACUCUCUGCGCAAUGCCACACAACUAAGGUGGAUCAACCUAAACCAUAACAAAAUAACAAGCGAAGGUCUGGAGGCAGAUGCUCUAAAGGCUAUGUCUAACCUUGUACACCUCUACAUGGAAGACAAUUUGCUGACUUCCAUUCCAUCUCCUCUGCCAGACAAAUUAGAGCAGUUACGGCUCUCCCGAAACAGAAUCUCAAAGAUCCCACCCGGUGUUUUCUCUGGAAUGGAAUAUCUCACCUUGCUGGAUCUGCAAGGCAACAAGCUACAGGAUGAUGCAGUAACUGAGGUCAGUCUGAAAGGCCUCAACAACUUGAUCCAGAUCAAUUUAGCAAAGAAUCAGCUAAAUACCAUGCCCCUCGGCCUACCACCCACAACCACACAGAUCUUUUUGGACAGCAACAACAUUGAAAAGAUUCCGGCUGAAUACUUCAAGGGUCUUCCCAAAGUGGUGUCUCUCAGACUCAACCGCAAUAAGCUGGCUAAUGGAGGUAUCCCAAAAAAUGUGUUUAAUCUUUCCAGCAUCCUGGAUCUACAGCUUUCUCACAACCAGCUCACAGAGAUACCUAUUAUCUCUUCUGGACUGGAGCACCUGCAUCUGGAUCACAAUAAGAUCAAGAGUGUGAAUAGCUCUGACAUCUGUCCACCUGGUGCACUCGAUGACUACCUUGAUGAGAAGGGUCCACGUCUCCGUUACCUUCGCCUUGAUGGUAAUGAGAUCAAACCCCCUAUUCCACGAGAGCUGAUGAUGUGUUUCCGUCUCCUCAGGGCUAUUGUCAUAUAAAGAUGCCACACCAUCUAGAUACUCCUGUCCAUUUCAUUUACCAGACCUGAAAAUGUAUGGAAACUAAAA